AUGACUGAAGGACUAACUGAACCAAACCCCCUGUUCUCCAAUGCCACCAACUCUACAGAUUGUGGAGAGGACACCGUGCUGUAUGGGGACACGGAAAAAGUGAUCAUUGGGAUUGUCAUCUCCAUCAUCACCCUGUUGACCAUUGCGGGAAACAGUCUGGUGGUCAUCUCUGUGUGCAUCGUCAAGAAGCUUCGACAACCAUCAAAUUAUCUGGUGGUUUCUUUGGCUGCUGCCGACCUGUCUGUAGCCUUGGCUGUCAUGCCCUUUGUGAUCAUCACGGAUUUGGUGGGAGGCAAAUGGCUGUUCGGAGAAGUCUUCUGCAAUGUGUUCAUUGCCAUGGAUGUCAUGUGCUGCACAGCGUCCAUCAUGACUCUCUGUGUCAUCAGCGUGGACAGAUACCUGGGAAUAACUCGACCUUUGACAUAUCCUGUGAGACAAGAUGGGAAACUGAUGGCCAAGAUGGUCCUUGUAGUUUGGCUCCUUUCAGCCUCCAUCACUCUCCCUCCCUUGUUUGGCUGGGCCAAGAACAUCACAGUGGACCGGGUGUGUCUCAUCAGCCAGGACUUUGGCUAUACCAUCUACUCCACAAGUGUGGCUUUCUACAUCCCCAUGACAGUCAUGCUCAUCAUGUACCACAGGAUCUACAAAGCUGCCAAAGCCAGCGCUCAGAAGCACCGAUUCAUGGACUUCCCUAGACUUUAUGAUCAGGACAGCAUCAUCAACAUUGAGGCUGGCAUCCGACUGCAACGAAGCACCAAGCGCAGCCAGGCGGCCAAGGAGUGUGCAACAUUGUCCAAACUUCUCCACCAGGACCGCAAGAACAUUUCUAUCUUCAAGAGGGAGCAGAAGGCAGCCAGGACUCUCGGCAUCAUUGUGGGUGCCUUCACGUUUUGCUGGCUGCCUUUCUUCUUGAUGUCCACCGCGAGGCCCUUCCUCUGUGGCAGCCGCUGCAGUUGCAUUCCACUGUGGUUGGAGAGAACUUUGCUCUGGUUGGGUUACACCAACUCCCUCAUCAACCCCUUGAUCUACGCAUUCUUCAACCGGGACCUGAGGACUACUUUCUGGAAUCUGCUGCGCUGUAAUUAUCGUAACAUUAACCGGAGGCUUUCAGCUGCAAGUAUGCAUGAGGCCUUAAAAGCCACAGAAAAAUAUGAGUGUGUCUUUUGA